AUGUCUAAUAUUCUUGCAAUCCUCGGUGCUACUGGCCAGCAAGGCGGUUCUGUUGUCGACUUCGUCUUGAACGACCCAGAGUUCUCCCAAAAAUACAAGAUCCGUGCAAUCACCCGCGAUGUCAACUCAGAGAAAGCCACCAAGCUCAAGGAGAAAGUCGAAGUCGUCCAAGGCGACGUUAAUGACCAGGCUUCCCUCAAGGCAGCUUUAGCCGGCGUGCAUACCGCCUUCUCUGUGACAACACCUUCUUUCGGCCCCAACGCCUUAGAAGAGUAA